GGAAGUCCGGUGGGCUCCCGGCGUCGAGAUGGACGAGGGCGAGUACGAGUCGGUGCUCUGCGUCAAGCCGGAGGUCCACGUCUACCGCAUCCCGCCGCGGGCCACCAACCGUGGCUACAGGGCUGCGGAGUGGCAGCUAGACCAGCCAUCAUGGAGUGGCCGGCUGCGGAUCACUGCAAAAGGUCAGGUGGCCUACAUCAAGCUGGAGGACAGGACCUCAGGGGAGCUCUUUGCUCAGGCCCCCGUGGAUCAGUUUCCUGGCACAGCCGUGGAGAGCGUGACGGAUUCCAGCAGGUACUUCGUUAUCCGCAUUGAAGAUGGAACGGGGCGACGGGCGUUUAUUGGAAUUGGCUUCGGGGACCGAGGUGAUGCCUUUGACUUCAAUGUUGCAUUGCAGGACCAUUUCAAGUGGGUGAAACAGCAGUGUGAAUUUGCAAAACAAGCCCAGAACCCAGACCAAGGUCCCAAAUUGGACCUAGGCUUCAAGGAGGGCCAGACCAUCAAGCUCAACAUUGCGAACAUGAAGAAGAAGGAGGGAGCAGCCGGGACUCCCCGCGCCCGGCCCGCCAGCACAGGAGGACUGAGCCUGCUUCCCCCUCCCCCGGGGGGGAAAACUUCCACCCUGAUCCCUCCCCCUGGGGAGCAGUUGUCUGUGGGGGGCUCUCUCGUCCAGCCAGCAGUUGCUUCCAGUUCAGGUCCACUUCCAGCCAAACUCAGCCAGGCACAGGCUGGGUGCAGUUCUAACGUGAAUGCAACUCUUUCCUCAUACGACUUCUGGAAAGGAGCCGCCUCAUCUGGGCCAAAGAAAGGAGGAUGAAGCACUGCCUGGCCAGCCUCUGUUUGGAGCGUGACUCUAUCCUCUCCUCCUUGCCCUGCUCUCUCGACAGACUGGGCAUGUUAGGCAGUAAAUUGGCACCAUGUCACACGGUGUCCUGGGAUUCACGCGUGCAACCAGAACACAGGAGAGGAAAAGCUCCAGGAUCCCUAUCCCUGUCUGUCCUCUUGACAUGAGAGAGACUGAGACUGCUUCUUCCAUCACAGUGACCCAUAUUAAACACAAGCCCCCAAAGAAAAGAAGGGGUUGAGUUUGCUGCCUGGAGUCGGAUCAGCCCUUCUCAGGGGUUACAGGUGUCACGUGAUCACUGUCCAGAGCGGGGACUUUGUGCCCUCCCAUUGGCUGUAGUUACUUCAGUCAGGGUGCCUUCAGAGGAGGGAUUCCUUCCUGAUUUCAAGCAGGUUUAUAGGCUGCAGCUUGAACAGACAAUCAGGAGGGAAAUUGGGAGUAUUAACCAGCUUUUAAAAAAUUUGUAAUACUUGCUUUGCUAAUGUACUGAUCUGCACUAACUUGUCUUUGCAAAAGUGACUGUCCCGGCGAUAUCCCCAGCAGGGACCUCCGAGAGCAUUCCUCACUGUUGGCGCAGGAGCUGCCCUGAGCUGCAGGAGGCAGUGUUCCUCUCGGCCAAGGGGCCUGGUUUCCAUGUCUUCCAGGCCAGGUAGGCAGUGCAGGGCCAAGGCAGGCACUGGAAGCCAGGUGGAACAGUGUUUGGGCGGGAAAGUGGAAGCUGUUCUCAUGGAGGUGAGUGGUCCGGCCUUCCUGUCCACUGGCAGCUCUCCAGGUUCACAGGCUCACAGUGCAGUUCCUGGUGGACUUGGGUUCCCUCCUUGGUGGUUUCUGAAGUGCCUUGUCUGCAGACAACCUCUUACUUUCUUUUCUCCUUCAGGGACUGUACAUGACAGACAGAAGGAGCUCUGAGUGAACUGGAAGUCUGGGGUUGCCUGUAUUACUGGUUUAUGAGAAAUAAUUUUAUCUGAGCACACCUCUAAAAUUGCUUUUAUUGACAUACUUUACCUCUUAAUUGAAAGAUUUUUUUUUUGAAGGGUCAAGACAAUGAACUGAAAAAAGUGUUGGCCUUUUUGUGGGACCAUAUUUCUAAGAUAAAAAAUAAAUAUUUUUACUUCUGUCA